CAUUGUCGAAAGGAUUAUCAUCUACAUCCACAUAAGCUACGAGGGUUGAUUCGGAAGACACAGAACAGGCAGCGGGAAUCUGGUAUUGCGAAGCAGAAUGGACAUGGAGCAUUGGAUCGAUGUUUGGCGUUAAGAGGGUAUAUGUCGCGAUAUUUGCAUGGGCUGUUGUUCUUGGGCAAUGGUCAAUGCAUAAAGUGAGGCUCGUUUCCUGGAUGGCGAACAGUAUGAGCAAGUCGUCAAGAUGUUUAGCAGCAAACUACGCACGACGUAACAAUAUCAGAGCGAGCCACUGCCUCCUGCACGCUAAACGGAGGCUCCCACUGCACUGGCACUUGAACAUAAGGAUCUAGAAAUUGAGAGGUUUGUAUUUGAUUCGGAAGCAG